AUGAUUAAUAACACACAUCGAAGUUCUAUUGCAGAAAACGUGUUCAAACAAUUAAAAGAAUAUUUCGCCUUACAAACUACAGCUUUAUUGCUAUGUCAAUCUGAUUUAAAUACUCAAUAUCAGCAAAGAAUUAACAGUAUUCUCACGACUGUUAUAAAUCAAUAUUUAACUAUUGCAACGCCAAUCGUACAAUUGAGCCAUUACGUUGAACAUUUUUGUACAAUUAUAAUUAAUCAACGCUCAUGGAAUUUUCUUCUUGAUCUACUCAAAUCGGAACGUAUUCAACAUUUAAAUUUUCAAUGGGCUAAUACAUUAUAUGCUCUAUUCUUAUUAGAAGAUAAUACUCAACGUAAUAAAUAUCUUCAUUAUAGUGAUCAAUUACAAUUUACAUUAGCAACGGACACUACUUUUUUGAUCUUUCCUACAUUACAUCAGCCCUAUAAUGAACUAAAUCUAUUAAUUGACAGAUGCGUCAAAGAUAACAAUGUUGGACAACGUUGGAUACCUUUAACUAAUUGGAUAAAAUCAAAAUUAAACUCUAAUCCACCGAUUCUUAGUGCUAUUGAAAUAAAAGUAAUGUUAUUACUAAAUAUUUACUAUAAUUAUUAUGGUAAUGCUCAAUUGAAUUCUCUGGGUAAUUUAUUGACAAUUAUUGAGAAUACAUUUCAAUUAUGCGAUGAAGAAAAACUAGCAUUUCGUGUAUUUCUACAACCUGAACAAUAUAUGACAGGAUAUCAAAAACAUGACACUGAACAUAGAAAUUAUCUUAAUGAUUUAUUUCAAAUUGAUUGCCAAGAUCAAGAACAAUUGCCUAUUCAUCAAAUGCUUGUUAAUAUUUUAGCGAUGAUUUUACUCAGUGGAAAACAAAAUACUCUCUGGACAUUCACAUUCGAACCGUUGAAACUUGAACAUACACACGGUUUUGCAUCGACUGCAACUAAACCCAUUAUGCGUAAUGGUAUUCAUUAUGAUUGCGGGUGUGUCUUAUCUGAAAAAGGAGAAUUAGUGCAACGCCAUGAAGGCAAUGAAUUCAGUGUUCCAACGGUUUACCCAAGUGAGCAAAAAAAUAGGGAGGACGGGCGACAUGACUAGUCCAAAAAGUCUGCUAUACCCGUCAAGUCUAGUCUAAUACGUCUUCCAUAUCUAU